ACCCGCGCCGCGCGACACGGCGUCACCACUUCCGCGCGGCCAAGGGCCAACUCUUCCGCCUCGUCGGCAAUAGCUCGCCGCCGCCGAGCAAAGCAAGUAAGGAACCGAGCGGAGCCGAUGGCGGCGGCGCUGUCUGCGUUCCCGCGGGCCGCUUCCCGCUUCGCGCCGUGUGGCCGCCGGCCUAAUUUCCGCGCCCUCUGCGCCGCAGCUGCGGCCGCCGAGGCCCCGAAGCGGAGGCUGGUCCUGUACACCAAGCCGGGGUGCUGCCUCUGUGACGGGCUCAAGGAGAAGCUCCACGCCGCCUCCCUGCUCGCCGGAACGCCCUACUCCCUCGCGUCCCUCGAGCUCCAGGAGAGGGACAUCACGACGAAUCCGGAGUGGGAGCGGCUGUACCAGUACGAGAUCCCAGUGCUGGCCAAGGUGCUCCCCGAUGGGACCGAGGAAAUACUUCCCAGAUUAUCGCCCCGUCUGAGUGUGGAGCUCAUACAGAAGAAAAUUUAUUCUGUGUUUGAUCAAUGCGUAUUCCCUGUGAAGCCUGUUGAUAAUUGUGGAGAAAUCACCAUGGAAGGUACAUGCAUUAACCUGCGAUGUGGAAUGGCUUCGUUUUGUCUUUUCACCAAAGCAGGGCAUGAAAAAUCCCCGUAUGUACUGGUUUUUCGGUGCUCUGAUAUUGGAGGCCAGGGUAGGGAUGCUGUUGGUGCUGGAGGCAUGCUAGGAGCACAGGAUGGAAGGAAAGCUUCUAGGACUGGAGACAACUUCAGAUCUCUAAUUCGGCCAAAAAUUGAGGUAUUUAGACCAAGGUUCCUUGAACUCCAUUCUGUGAUGAUUUGGGCUAGCUGUUUCAGCCUGUAAGAUUGUAGAAAAUUGCUGCGAUCUAUCAGGGAAAUGAAAACUUGGACUGUGACUGGUGUUGCAACCGUUGAGCCAUUUGUAUUUGUUAACCUGACAAAUAAUUCCUGCAUUUGCAUUUUUGUAUAAA